AUGAGUAAUUUUAUAAAAUCAAUUCAACCAAUACUUAAUGAAAUAGUUUAUGAUUUAACUGAAUUAACUCUUACUGAUAGAUUUAAUCCAUAUAAAAAAUUAUUUGAAGAUUCAAUUAUACAUCGUUCAAAUAUUAAUGUUGAAAAAAGUACAGUUGAGAAAAAUAUUCAAGGAUUAAAAGAAAAAUAUAUAAUUCAUGCACAAGAUAAAAAAGCUGAUCUACUUCAGUUUCUUGUUAAACGUUUUAAUAAUAAAUCUGUAUUAGAUCAUUCACCAGAAAGCGAAUUUCAUCAAGCAUGUUUACAAUUAGUUAUUUCAUUAGCUCAAAAACCACUAGAAGUUAAUCUUGAUAAUUUCUCACAUCUUGUACAAGAACAAAUCGAAGAAGCAAAUUUUGACUGGCCUACAUAUUUACUUGGUAAUAAAGAUGAACAAGCGAUAGUUUCAACUAAUUGGAAUGAAGAUGAUAGUAUAGAUGAUAACGAUGAUGAUGAUAAAGUUGAUUCAACAUUUAUUCAAAAUGAUGAUAGUGAAGAAAUUCAAAUUGAAUCAAAACCUAUUGAUGAUAUCGAACAACAAAAUUAUUCAGUGCUUGAUCGUGAGAUUAUUCCAUCAUAUUGGUAUCGAACAUUAUCCGAUAAUGUUUCACCAGCUCUUCGUGAUUUUGCUCUUUUCUGGGAUCAAACUAUGAUUAAAACAACUCAUUUAGCUUAUCGAGUUAAUUCACAAACAUUAACUGAAUAUAUUCUUAUUCGAGAAACUCUUUGGCUUUUAAUGAAUUCUACACAAUUGCAUAUUUAUGUUAUUGAUGAAACUAAUCAAGUACAUGUCGCUGAUUUUGUUCGUCUUUGUGAUGUUACUCCAGUUACUAUUCAAGAUUGUUUAGAAAAAUUUACUAAACUUUCUAAUCAAUUACGAUUAGCAAAUCAAUUUUUAAAACAAAUCAAUCGUUCUUGUCGAACAUUAUCAUCAUUUUCACAAGCACUUCAAGAUCAAAUGACUGUAAUUCAAUAUCAACUAGCUGAUAUCGAACGAAAUUGUCUUAAACAGAAUUGUACAUAUACAGUUUUAUCAUUUUAUGAAGAAUUAGAUUCACUUGGAAUAAUUUCUAAAGGAAUAUGUAUUGAACGUAUAUUUGAUCAAAUAUCAUUUUAUAAUAAUAAACCAAAUUAUGACUUAACACUUGAACUUAUACAUAUUUUAUAUAAAAAUUUGCUUAUAUCAGAAAUGAUUAAUAAUUUAAUAUUUUUUAAUUUUUUAUUACCACUUUUUAUAGCAAGUUGUCGAAUAUAUUUGGAAAUAAUUCAAAAUUGGCUUGUCAAUGGAUUUAUAGAUGAUCCUUUUGAUGAAUUUUUUAUUAAACGAAAAGCAGAAAUAUCUGUUGAAUCAAUUGAUUUUUGGCAAUUAUCGUAUACUGAACAAGUAGAAAAUGCAUCAUUAAUACCAAAAUGGUUAGCCUCUAUCGUUCCGUCAUUGGUAAAAGCAGGCAAAUGCGCUGAAAUUCUCAAAUCAAAUGGUGUUUUAAAAAAUAAUGAAGAAUCUCAAUCAUUUGUCGAAGAAUUUUCUAAAUAUCUUGAAAAAAAUUUUAACUUAAAAAAAUUAUCUUGGAAUCAUCUCAAUAUUUUACAUAAAUCAGAAACAACGAAUACCGUUGAAUCUUUAUCAAAUCCAUCUAUAUUUCUUCAAUUACCAUUUGAUGAUAUUGACAAUAAAAAAAAUUCAUUUCUAGCAUUAGCAUUUAAUCAAAUGGAAAUAUCAAAAACAAAUUUACUUGAAACAAAUCGUACUCAAUUAUCACGUUCAUCGGAUAUUAAUCAAUUAAUAAAUAUUGAAAGUAUUCUUCAAAAUUUUAGUCAACAAAUUUUACUUAUGAAAUGUAAUCAAUUAAUUGAUGGAUUAACAAAUGAUAUACUUAAUCGUUUGAAAUAUUUAAAACAUAUUGAAUAUAUAAGAGAUUUUUUUCUUUUUGAAAAUGGUUCAUUUAUGCAUCAAUUUGCUUUACGUCUUUAUUCAANUUCGUUGCUCGUCACAAUUAAUCUACAACCCUCUCGUGAAUUUGUGGUUACCCCUGAUGGCCAAGACAAUUUAAAAUUAACUUUACAAACAAUACCAGUUCAUGCAUCUGGUGAUCAAGUUAAAGUUGAAUUUAAAGUACAACCAAAUUAUUUCUACAAUGGUACGCGAUGUGCUGAAUUUAGUACAGUUGUUUUUGAUCGAGCAAAUUGGCAAGUACCACAAAAAUUAACAUAUCGUUUGUUGAUUAUGGUUGAUGCCCAUACGCAAUUACUGCAAUCGGUGGUGGAUAUGAUUGGUAUUAUAUAA